AAAGGUAGAAAAGGUAUAUAAUUAUGAGUCCUUGGAUUUGAAGGGGUUAAAAGACACGAGAGGGAAACGGCGUAUAAUAUUAUGGAAAUAACUGGAGACUGAUUUCUAGCACUCUUACGUACGAACAAUGAUGCAGCAGCACUUAGUUGGCAAAAACUAAGGAGACCGUUAAUCAGUCUAAACUUCUGUUUCAUUUUAAAUGCAAUGGCCUUGUACUGAGCCAAAAAAGCAACAAUCUGUCGCUUUUCCAUUCGCAUAUUACACUGUUUGUACAUUUGUGUAAAUUUAAAAUCAUCGUUCCUAUUUCUCUUUCUGACAAGAAUAUUUGUUUACUAAGUAAAACCAAGGCUUCUGUUAUAUGAGACAUAAAGUCUAGCACUGACUAUUCUAUGUAUCAGAGAGCUUUGAAUGAGAUAUAAGCUUAAAGUUAACAUAUAAAACCAUAAUUUCAAUAUUAGCCAUUGGCUUGACCCCAUUUCUUCACUCUACCUACAUGCUCAUGUCUGCCAUCUCCCAGCUAAAUGCAGGCUUACAUCAGUGUGCAGUAUCAAAAACACUCGCUCUGUUUAGAGAUAUUAGUGACUCUGAAGAGGUAAUAUUUAGCUUUAGCAUUAAUUCUACAGUAAACAAUAUCGCAAGAGCCCUCUUUUUUUCCUUUCUUUUUUUUGCACCCAGCAUAAGGCUUACUGGAAGAGGAAUCUGGCUGCAGCUGGUCUGGGGUUUAUGUAGAUACUGUCUUUAUAUGGGUACAUUUCAGCUCGGCGCCCUCAUUCUGUUUGUAGCAGGUCUUGCUGUGACCUGUAGGCUACCCUCUUGUAGAAGACAUGGACUAAAGAAGAAUAGUGUGCGUGCGUGCGUGAGUGUGUGUGUGGUGUGUGUGUGUGUGUGUGUGUGUGUGUGUGUGUGUCUGUCUGUGUGUCUGUAUGUCUGUAUGCGUGUGAGCAUGAGUGUGAGUGAGAGAGUGAGUGUGUGAGUGUGUGUGUGUGUGUGUGUGUGUGUGUAAGGACAGCCUCUGGAUAUAACCAUGGUGGUGAGGUGGCUGCUGACGUCCCACUAAAAAAAACAACAACAAGCAGAAAAUGAGAGCGUGAAGCUCUGGCUACCACGAAGACCACUGCUGCAUUCUGGACAGCGCAGCCACAUGAUCACAUGACUCUGGACAUGGAUGCGGUCCUGUCAGACUUUGUUCGGUCCACAGGGGCAGAACCUGGUCUGGCACGUGACCUGCUGGAGGGUAAAAACUGGGACUUGAGCGCUGCCCUGAGUGACUAUGAGCAGCUGCGGCAGGUCCACACCGCCAACCUGCCGCAGGUAUUUAAUGAGGGCCGUUACUACAAGCAGCCAGAACGCAGUGGAACACCCCAGCACCUCAACAAACUGGAGCAAUGCCUGCAGAGGCAAGAGGAGAACACUCAGGAGAAGCGUCUCUCUCGGGGCAUCUCGCACGCCAGCUCUGCCAUCAUGUCUCUGGCGCGGAUGCACGUGACAGGCGAGUGCACCAGGGAGCAGCUGCCUCUCGAGAUGCCCAUCUACACCUUCCAACUACCUGACCUGAGUGUGUACAGCGAGGAUUUCCGCAACUUCAUCGAGCGCGACCUCAUUGAGCAAUCCACCAUGGUGGCACUGGAGCAGGCAGGCCGUCUGAAUUGGUGGUCCACUAUAUGUACGAGCUGUAAGAAACUCCUGCCAUUAGCAACUACUGGGGAUGGCAACUGCCUACUGCAUGCCGCUUCCUUAGGUAUGUGGGGCUUCCACGACAGAGAUCUGGUGCUGAGGAAGAGUUUGUAUGCUAUGAUGAAGAGCGGGGCAGAGAGAGAGGCUCUGAAAAGGAGGUGGAGAUGGCAGCAGACGCAGCAAAACAAAGAGUCAGGGUUGGUGUAUACAGAGGAGGAGUGGGAGAGAGAGUGGAACGAACUGCUGAAGUUGGCCUCCAGUGAGCCUCGCACACACAUCAGCAAAACUGGCAACACCAGUGGAGGUGUGGAUAAUUCAGAGGACCCUGUCUAUGAGAGUCUGGAGGAAUUCCAUGUGUUUGUGUUGGCUCAUGUGCUGAGAAGGCCCAUCGUGGUGGUGGCUGACACCAUGCUCCGAGACUCUGGGGGAGAAGCUUUUGCACCCAUCCCUUUUGGAGGCCUCUAUCUUCCCCUAGAGGUGCCACCCAACCGAUGCCACUGCUCUCCACUGGUGCUGGCAUAUGACCAGGCUCACUUCUCUGCUCUGGUCUCUAUGGAGCAGAGAGACCAGCAGAGAGAGCAAGUGUGCCCGCAGCUCAGUGACAUCAGAGUGCGUAUGCACGUGGCCGAGGUCAGUCGAGGACAGCUCACUAUAGCUACCAGCAGGGCCAGUGAAUACGCCGUCAUCCCUCUGACAGACUCCGAGCACAAGCUUUUAUCCUUGCACUUUGCGGUGGACCCAGGCAGAGACUGGGAGUGGGGGAGGGACGACAACGACAACGCCAAACUGGCAAAUCUCAUCCUCUCAUUGGAAGCAAAGCUAAACCUCCUGCACAGUUAUAUGAAUGUAACAUGGAUUCGAAUACCAUCAGAGACACGAGCUCCCCUUGCUCAACCCGAGUCACCCACCGCAUCAGCAGGUGAAGAUGUGCAGUCUCUGGCCGAAUCCAUGGACUCGGACCGUGAGUCUGUCUGCAGCAAUUCCAACCUCAACAAUGGCAAGACUAGCAAAGAGAAAGACAAGGACAAGCAGCACAAGGAGAAAGACAAAGCUCGUGCUGACUCAGUAGCCAACAAGCUGGGCAGCUUUAGCAAGACUCUAGGCAUCAAGCUGAAGAAGAACAUGGGUGGUUUGGGUGGUCUGGUACAUGGCAAAAUCAGUAGGUCCACCAUAGCGAAUGGCCGUGCUGUGGAGAGCAGUGAACAGAAGCCCAAGAAGAAGGAAUCCAAAACACGCAAAGGGAGCAAAGAGGAGUCGGGCCAAUCUACCAGCACGUCAUCCUCUGAGAAAGCAACCAGCCCAUCUCCUACUGAUAGAGCUUCAGGUAACUCCUCUGGAGAAAGACAGGCCAGUUCAGGCAAAAACCCAGAUGAGCGGACUCUGGACAACUGGAAGUACAGCACAGAUGUCAAGCUGAGCCUGAACAUCCUUCGUGCAGCCAUGCAGGGUGAGCGUAAGUUCAUCUUUGCUGGUUUAUUGCUGACCAGCCACCGGCAUCAAUUUCAUGAAGAGAUGAUCAGCUACUAUCUGAGCAGUGCGCAGGAGCGCUUCAGCACUGAGCAGGAACAAAAGAGGAAAGCUGAGGCUGAGAAAAAGCCCCAGACCAAUGGAACCCUCAAGAAGCCUGAACAGGAGAGCACAUUACAGAGAGAGCGCUCGGACAGCUCUCCCCCUGAGAGUUGCUCACCUGUUCUGCAUGCCAGCCAUAUCCAUACACUAAAGGGCCAGGGAAGGAAUAGCCCUACCCUUGCUGCUUCCCCAAUUCCCAUCCCUAAUGGCAGCCCGACUCCCAGUCUCCCAUGCUCGUCCAUGUCACCUGUCCCCUUCUCUUCCCCCAGUCAAGGUGCUAAGCGUCACGAACCUAUCCCGGUGUCCGCCCACUAUAGCCAUACACCACCCAUCCAGAGGCACAGUGUCAUCCAUCUGAGAGAUAGCAACACGCAGUCCUCCAGCUACCAGGAUGAUCCCUAUAAAAUUCCAGUGGGGACGCUGAAGACCUGUGCCACGUAUCCGCAACAGAACCGCUCACUGUCCUCUCAGAGCUAUAGUCCAGCACGCAUGUCUGGCAUUCGCGCCGUCCAUGGUGGAGACUCUGUACCGUACAGCAUGGCCGGUGAGCACAAAUCUCACACAUAUACCAAUGGCUUUAAUGCAAGCUAUAUCCGGGACAGUCUGGAGUUUGCUGACGAGGAACUCACACCCCACUCCUGGCUCAACCAUGACAAAUCCAAGAUCCGCAGUGGAACCUGCCCCAUGUACUGCUUUCAGCAGAAGCGCUGCAAGAGGGAGAACUGCUCCUUUUAUGGCAGGCCAGAGACAGAGAACUACUGCUCCUACUGCUACAGAGAGGAGCUGAAACGCAGGGAAAAGGAGGGCAAAGGACAUCGGCCUGGAUAGCCCCGCUCAUACACACACAUGCAGUUCAUCACUGAUGUGUGUGUGUGUGAUUAAAAGACAGCAGUGACAUCAUCACCCUCUGCACUAUGCGAGUAAUAGACAAAUACUGGCAUACCGUUUUCUAAUCUAUUUAAGAAUGAUCUCCUUGUAAUCUUGUUACUUUUCUCUCAAUAGCAAAAUGACACUGCAGUUUGGCCAGAGAUUGUGUUGUCAUUUUAUUUGUCAGUUUGUUUUUUGUCCAAAUUUACAUCCUUUUACUUGUUCUAGAGUAAAAGCUCAUGUCUGUGCAUUUUGCUCAGUCUGUAAUAUAAAAUUUCUAGUACUAGCUGAAAGAGAUGUAAAAGCAUAUGUCAGUCACCUCUGAGCUCUCCAAAAGCUACUGGGUAACUCAUUUGAAUGCAAUACUUCAAUCAAUAUCUCAAUAGCAAGUAACAUCUUUCUGCUUUGAAAAUAAUUCAAAUGGGAGGAAGAACCAUUGAUAAACAUGGAAGUUUUUAAAAAGCAAUAAGUUUGGUAAUGAGCGCAGUCCCUCCCCUUUUUAUCUAUGCAUUCUUAAUGUCAGCCAUAGUGUAUUGUCUUUAUGCAGAAAUGAGUGUGAUUUUAUCUGCCUGGAUGUAAGAAGAUUGUCCUGAAAUUUCAUUUGUGGCAAAUCAAAGUGUGCUGCAUGGUAUGUAACAUGCUUUUGAUUGCGCAGCACAUGACUAGACCUCGUGUACAUCGGUUUGCAUUCCAUUUAAACUCUCCUCUGAACCAUCUGAUGCAGUACAGUGCCAUUUAUUCCUAUCUGUGUUUUGCAAUAUAUCACAUUCUCGGUAGCAAAUGGCUUCUGUAAAAUAAACCACUACUACUACUACUACUAUUGACAAAUUUAUACAAUGCAAGAGUAACAAUAUGAUGGAAUACAAACCUUUAUACACCUUAGUGUAGUGUCCUAAAAGUGAAAGCAAAUGGAACUCGGUGAUGUUUGUCAGUGUUGGUUACACAUUGGUGUGUUGUAGGUUGUGGCUGUUGCUCAUCAUUUGUUCUGUAACCCACAAGCACACACAUGUCAAUCUAUCAACAGACCCACCUGCGUUUGCCGUAAAGAAAUCUGUGCCAAAAACAUUCUCCUAUAUUUGACUUUCUCAGGUACUGUGUUAAAUGUGUAUAGUAGUAUGAAUCCCCAAAUUGAAUCACUAAAUUUAAAACUUAAGAUCACUAUCAGCAUAUUAGAACUAAAUUGGAUUUAAAUUUUAAUUAACAAGCAAGAGUGGCUUGUGACCAUAGAUUUUGGUGGGGUAGGACAACAUUAAUAACAACAUAACCUCAAACAAAAUUAAAUGACACUUGACUAUAAGCUACUAUAUAGUGAUUUUUUUUUUUUUAGAGUAACCCCAUAAUGGGCAAAUGUGAGUCGACGAGACAUGAAUGUACUUCAACAAACUAAGUAUGGUUAUGAUGGUUUCUGUUUGCUGAUAAUUUCGCUCCAAAGACACAUUAACAACCUAGUUAGUUAUGUAGAUAGCAAGAUAAAACUCUAGGUUAAACUUGCUAGUCAAACCAUUUCUGAUCAGGGAAAGGACUAAAAAAAACCUAUGGACUAAAAGAUGGCAGUAUUCAUUUUGAUAACUUACUUUCAAAUGUAUUAAAAAGAAAAAAAAGAAAUUAAAUUCUGAUACAGCAGGUGUAGAUCUUGUAGGUGUAGAUCUUGUCACAGUAUGAGACAAACACAGAAGGGGUAAUAUCAUUAACUGUCCUGUCUGCUGCUCCUCCCCCACUCAUAAACAAUGCAUUCAUAGAGUAAGCAUGGGGCAGAGUGGUUGCUGCCCCAAUGGGUCUAAGUUUGUGCUUGUUGUAGUUUCCAUUUUUUACCACUAUGUGCAAUAAUAACAACUCUAUGGAGCUGAAUGAAGCACUGAGCGCACUGUUCCAAGAUUGCAUCACAUCUAGAAAGGGGAGCUAAUUAAUGGAACAUUAGCUUGUAUCUGUCAAAUGCAUUUUUUUUAUUUAAUUGUUGGUCACUUAAAAGAGGUCAUAAGUAUUGCAAGGUUAACAUCCAUUUGCAACAGUUAUGUUUGGCUAGGCUCUGCCCCACCUGCCCCUAUGGAUGAGCCACUACUGUUAAAAAGACAUAAUUAACAGCAACAAAGGUGUUAUGUAGUUGUAUAUCACGGCAAAUAGCCACAUCACAGCAGGCGUCUUGUAACUCUAAAACGUAACUUGCUUUGUGUACUAGGAAGGUCUUGAUUCCUCUGCCAUUCGAAGCACCAGAAGGCCUAACAGUAUCAUUAUUGCUAACCCCUGUGUAAGCAUGGGCAAAGUGAAGUUCUCUCCUAGUGCUCCUGUUCUUCAGGCGAGUGCCGAAUAUGAGAGCAUUUCUCACUGAUUUCUGGUGUGUGUCUGUCUCUCCUGGAUCCUAUGUUCUCCCCACUGAGUUUUCUUGCUCCUUAUUUCUAUGUGCCCUCCUCUUCCUCCUUUCUAUGUGACAGAAUCAUGGACUUGCACCGUUUUAGAAUUGUAAAAUAUGAUUUUAUAUUCAUUUGACAGUUUUACACUAAAUUAUUAAUUUGCACAUUAUGUACUGAUGUAAAUAGUAGGAGGAAACAGGAAAAGAACAAAACAAGAUUAGUUUGUUGUUAA